GCUUCCUCAAUCAGUGCCAACAGAGCAGGAAGACUCUGGCAGACUAUGCAGAAGAGCUGACCAGCUUCGAAAGCCUUCACAAGAAGCUGAGUGCGUGGCUGCAGCAAGCAGAAGGUCGAAUGGCCACAGAGUCCAUCGGAGAGAACACCAAGAACAUUCCCAAGAUGCAGGUGGAGGUGGAGAGGAUGGAAGAUUUCUAUGAGGAGAUUCAAGGACACAGGGACGCUUUCGACAGCCUCUGCCAGAAGGCGCAGACUCUGAACGAGCUGGGCUACGGAGACGGAGGGGCCACUCGGCCUGCCUCCCAGCUGCUAGCCCGGCACCAGCAGCUGGCCAAGACGGUGAAGGAGAAGCUGAGAGCCGGCCAGCUGGGGCUACAGGAGCACCAGGUCUUCGAGGAAACACUGCAGAGCACCUGGGCCUGGCUCAGAGAGGUCCAGAGCAGAAUCACAGCCAUCGACAGCACUAUGGGCAGCAAGGCCACACUGGAAAAACAGCUGCUUCAGAUCCAGGAGAUCCUGCUGAUGAAGGGUGAAGGCGAGGUGAAGCUGAACAUGGCGCUUGGUAAAGGGGAACAGUCUCUGAAGAGCAGUAACCAGGAGGCAAGGGAGGCUAUUCAGAACCAGCUUCAGGCUCUGAAAGAGGCUUGGGCCAAGGUCGUCAGUAGCUCCGUGAACUGUCACAGCCAGCUGGAAUGGGUAGUGGUGCAGUGGAACGGGUUCCAGGAAACUAAGAAGCAGCUCCAGCAGUGGAUGGAGACGACGGAGCAGGGAGUGAGCCAGGGCCUGGAGCUGCAGAACGACCUGAAGGACAAGCUCCUGCAGCUGGAGCGGCACCAGAGUCUGCUGGCCGACAUCGAGAAGCACUCAGCCGUUCUCUCCCGGUUGAUUGAGAAAGCCAGGGAGCUGCUGGAGAGAACUGGAGACGCGUCUUUCACGGAGGAUGCACAGCUGGAGAUGAGGACCCAGUUUGCCGAUAUUGUUGUGGUUGCCAAGGGGAAGGUGAAGAAGCUGGAGGAUCAGGUGCAGGACCAUCAGCAGUAUAACAUCGCCGUGCAAGAACUAACAAACUGGCUGACCUCGGCUAAGGAGGAGCUUCACCGCUGGUCAGAUUUAUCGGGAGACUCGACAGCCCUACAGAGAAAGCUGAAGAAAGUCACGGAGCUGAUCGUUUCCAGACGGAAUGGCAGGGAGCGCCUGAACAGAGUGGAGGCUCUGGCCGCAGAGGUGGGCGAGCAGACGGCAGCGAGCGGGCGGGAGGCACUGGCCAGGGAGCUGGAUGCCCUGCGGGCGGACUGGCAGCAGUGGGAGGAGAGCACCCUGCAGGCGCAGAGUGGCCUGGAGACCAUGCUCAGUCAGACCACCAGCUCCGAGCAGGAGUUCCAGGCACAGGUCGCUCAGCUAGACAAGGACCUUGCGGAGUUCAAGGCCAGUCUCACAGCCUGCUCACACAGCCUGUCCCAGCUGCAGGACAAAACAACAGACGAAGAGCUUGUAGAAUGCUGGCAGAAAGCAAAGGAGACAGAGGAAGCUCUGAAAGAGGCAGAAAGCAUGAGUGAGUCCCUGAAAGGUCAACUCAACGACCUCUGCAGAUUUUCCAAGGAUUUGAGUUCACAUUCAGAUAAAGUUUCGUCUCUGAUCAAAGAAUACAACAGCCUUUGUUUACAGACUGCAAAGUAUUGUCAGAAUAAGGAGAAGGCGCUGGAGCAGCGAUUCCGUACCACCUUCAGGGAGUUCCAGCAGUGGAUGAUCAACACCAAGAUUGCCACCUGCUUCGAUACACCUCAAAACAUCGACGAGGCAACUGCAAUCAUUCAGAAACUGCAGGAUUUCCUGUCAGAGAGUGAGGCCUGUCAGAGCAAACUCAACACUCUCAUCUCCAAAGGCGAGCUGCUGAGCAGGAUUCUCAGCAAGGAGAAGGCCGAAGCCAUCCAGACCAAAGUGUCCACUGCCAAGGAGGACUGGAAGAACCUGCUCACAAGCCUGCACCAAAAGGAAGCCGCCUUACAGAACCUGCAGUCUCAGAUGAAGGAUUUCGAAGCUGGGGUCGGGCCUGUGCAGGAGUGGUUGGUUGCCACGGAAGCGGCCGUACAAGGGAGCAGCAGCCAGCUGCCCGACCUCGUGGCCAAGAAGAACGAGCAGUUCAGGCUUCAGUCUGUCCUAGAGGAUAUAACCUACCGCGAACCCCAGCUAAACAAGCUGAAAGAGAAAGCUCAGCACCUAUGGGAAGAUCAAGCUUCCAACAAGAGCUUUAUGCACAGAGUCUCUCAGCUGUCCGCUUGGUAUUUAGCCUUAAGUAACUUAGCCAAGGAGAAGACACUAAGAGUUCAGCGCACUGUGUCGGAACAUCAGCAGUUCUCCCAGGGUCUGAAGGAACUACAGGAUUGGCUGGCUGAUGCCAGGCACAUGCUGGAGUCAUACUGUGCCCCCACUGCUGAUAAAAACCUGCUGGACAGUCGGAUGGCAAAGGUCGAGGCUCUGCUCGCGCUCCGACAAGAGAAGGAGAUCCAGCUGAAGAUGGUGCUGACCCGCGGGGAGUCGGUACUCAGGAGCACCUCUCCUGAGGGCACCGUUGCCAUUCGCCAGCAGAUGGCGGGCCUCAAGGAUUCCUGGGACUCGCUGCUGUCCUUCUCCAUCCAGUGCAAAAGCCAACUAGAGGGAGCGCUAUCCCAGUGGACCAGUUACCAGGACGAUGUCCGGCAGUUUAUGAGCUGGAUGGAUCGGAUGGAGGGAGACCUGAAAGCCUCCGAACGACAAUGUACUGAACUCAGGGACAAAGCAACAGCUCUGGGCAAAGCGAAGUUGCUGUACGAGGAUACCCGGAGUCACAGCCGCCUGUUGGAGACGAUCCAGGCGAAAGGCGAGAGCAUGGCCCAGCACUACGUUAGCCGCUUGGAACUGCAGGAGCUCCAGGAGAGGUUCAGUAACCUGAGUGAAAAGGCCAAGGAGGGCACCAGAAAGGCUGAAGAGCAGCUUCUGCUGCACCAGGAGUAUCAGCAGGCGCUGAAAUCGUUUGAGGAGUGGCUGGAGCAGGAGAAGGAGAGUCUCUGCUGCUGCUCCCACCUGGGGAACGAUGUGGAGACACUGGAAAGCACGCUCCGUGACCUCGAGGACUUGGAGAAGCAUUGCACUGAAGGCCAGACUUUAAUGAGUGCAGUUCUUCAGAGCCAGGAGAAGAUGACCUUAUCGGGGUCUACAUAUAUGGAGGAUCGCAUUCUCGAGUCCGCGCAACGGGACUGGCACCUGUACCAGCGGAGGCUGGCUGAGACAAAGGAGAAGGUCAAUGCCACCCUGAGCAUGCUCAGGAAGUUGGAGAAGAUGUUCCAGCAGGUGGAUGUGUGGCUCUCUGACCUCGAGGGCAAAGUCAAUCUCCGGACGGGGAGGACGUCCGACCGAGACACAAAGCAGACUCAGCUACAGCAGUUACAGAAAUGGAACGAGGAAAUCCUUGCUCGGAAGGAUGAAGUGGAAAGGGUUGGGCUGCUUGCUCAUCAAGUGCUAGAGGAGAGUCACAUCAACAGCAGUGUGGGAAGUCAAGCUACCCACCUUGCUGCCCGAUAUCAGGGCAUUCUGCUGCAUGUGGUGGACCAGACCAAGUUGCUGAAAGAGGAACUGAGGGCUUUAGAAGAAGCUGAUGUGGCGCUGGGCACCUACACAGACUGGCUCCGUGCCACCCAGAACAACUUUAAAAACAUGGCGGUGGCUUUGAAUGUAGUGGACAAAACCGCCAUGGAAAACAAAAUUAAAAAAUUUGAGACGCUGCACAAUGACAUCGACAUGGGGAACAGCCUACUGAAGAUGAUCCUUGAGAAGAGUGAGAGGGCUAUAGAGUACCUGGAAGGGCCAGAGGCUCAAGGUCUGCGGGAAUCCAUGGACGCCCAUAUUGGCCAACUGAAUGAGUUGACCAGUUCCAUUAGGAGGGAGCGUGGCAAUCUGGAGAAAUGCCUGUACCUCACGAAGGAGUUCCUGGACAAGUACCAGAGCCAGACCAAGUGGUUGGCAGAGUACCAGGCCAUCUUGCAGAUCCCAGUGGAGCCCAAAGUGGAACUGUUUGAAAAGAAGGCCCAACUGGCAAAGUACAAGGCCAUCCAGCAAACCAUCGUGUCUCACGAGCCGGGGGUAAAGUUGGUGAUCGAGAAGGGGCAGGCUGUCUUCGAGCUCAUUCACGACCCCGCAGUCAGCGACAAUCUGAAGAGGCUGCAGACAGAUUACCAGGAGCUCUGCUCAACGGUGAUGGUGUGUGUCCAGAAUCUGGGAGAGAAGGUGAGGGAGCAUGAGGAUUAUAACAGCAACCUGCAGGAAGUGGAGAAGUGGCUGCUACAGAUCUCCACCAGGCUGGUGGCUCCUGACACCACCCAGAGCACCAACCUGGAGAUGGCAACCCAGCACCUGGCAAGGCACAAGCCUAUCAUGGAGGAGAUAGCAGGCUUUGAACACGCUUUGGCGAGUCUGCGAAGCAAGGGGGACAGCCUGAUUGCCAACUGCUCAGAGGGGCUCCAAGGAAAGUUUAAGCAUCAAGUCCAAGGCCACCUGCAGGGAAUCCGGGACAGUUACUCUGCCAUCUGUAGCACAGCUCAGAGACUGUACCAGAGUCUGGAACGUGAACUACAGAAGCAUGUCAGUCAUCAGGACACCCUGCAGCAAUGUCAGGCCUGGCUCCAUUCUGUGCAGCAGGAACUGAAGCCCCGAGACCACCCGCCCACCAGCCCACGGAAAUCACUGAAACAGGUGAAACAUUAUCGGGCUCUACAGGAGCAGGCCAGUACUUACCUGGAACUGCUUUGCUCCAUGUGUGACCUGUCUGAUGACACUGUGAAGAUAGCAGCUGCUGAUAUCCAACACACCAAACAAGCGAUUGAGCAGCAGCUGGUCAGGUCGCAGGAACUGGCCCUGGGCUGGGAGGAGGUAAAGCGGCAGAAGGCCGAACUAGGAGCCUGCUUCCUGGAGACCGAGCAGCAGCUGCACAGCCUGAAGAGGAGGCCCGCCGAACUGGAGCUGAAAAUCGCUCAGAAACAGGUGGCCCAGGUGCAGGAGCUGGGUCGUCAUUUCCAGUCCAGGAAGGCAAACAUCACUGCCCUGACAGAGAAGGUCACAGCUCUGACAGAGGGCCAGGAGUCACCUGAACACUCCGAGAUCGGGCAGUUGAGUAACCAGUGGCUGGAGCUGUGUCACCAGAUCAAUGCCCUUCUCUCUCUGAGUGAGGAGGACCAGCAGAGAGCCAGAGAUUACCACGACCGAGUGAGCGUUGUGGAAGUGCUUUUGGACAAGUUCACAAAAGAGUGGGACAACUUAGCAAGGACUGAUGCCGAGAGCACGGCCGAGCAUUUGGAAGCUCUGAGGAAGCUGGCCGGUGAGGUGCAGGCCCAGAGGUUUGUCCUGGACGACCUGAAGGAGCAGAAGCAGAUGCUGAUGGACCGCCUGGACCCCGAAGACAAGGAGCUGAUCAAGGAGCAGAGCAGUCACCUGGAGAGGCAGUGGGUGCAGCUGGAAGGGCUGAUCGAGAAGAAGAUCCAGCUGUCCGCCCGGGUCCUGGAGGAGCUGAGCCAGUGCCAGGCCCGGCUGGACGACCUGCUGGAGUGGGCCGAAGCGCAGGCCCAGCUCUUCGGCGAAGCCCUGAGGUGCAGCCCGCCGGCCGAGCUGGCCCAGACCCUGCUGCCGGACCACAUCGCCGUCUGCAACGAGCUGGAGUCGCAGGAGCUGGCCCACGGGGCGCUGACGGAGGAGGCCGAGAGGAUCUUGGCCCAGCUGGGCCUGGACGAGAGGCAGCAGCUGCAGAGGGCCCUGAGUGCGCUGCAUGGGAGGAUGGGCUCCCUGCGCGAGGCGGUGGGCCAGCGCAGGAAGUACCUGAGCCAGGCCCUGUCGGACCGCUCCCAGUUCCUCAUGGCCGUUGGCCUGGCCAGCAGCUGGGUCCAGCAGAACCGGUCGGUGGCCACUUCCAAGGAGCCCGCGGCCCUCAUGCCAGCCGAGGUGGGCAAGCAGAUCCGCAGCUGCAAGAGCGUCGGCAGCCGCCUGAAGGAGUACCAGACGGAGGUGGCGGCUCUGUGGGCUCAGGGCAGGGAGCUGGCCAAGGAGGCGACGGAGGAGGAGACGUCCGAGAUCAUGGCCCAGCUCCAGGAGCUGCAGGCCACCUACGACUCGGCCUUGCAGGAGGGCGCCCAGCGGCUGCAGGAACUGGAGAAGGUGCUGCUCUCCAGGAAGUACUUCAAGGCCGACCUGGACCGGGUGUGCCAGUGGAUGAAGCAGGCCGACGUGGUGACCUUCCCGGAGGUCAGCCUGAUGGGCGGCGACGCCGAGCUGUCCUCGCAGCUCGCCAGGUACUGGCAGGUUCUGGAACAGUCCACCGAGCACGAGAACCUCCUGCUGCUGGUGCAGAGAGUCGGCCACGAGCUGCUGCCCUCCCUCAGCGAGGCUGACCACUCCUUCCUGGACGAGAAGCUGAACGCCCUGCCCCGCCAGUUCAACAGCAUCGUCGGCCUGGCCAAGGAGAAGUCUGAGAAGGUCCAGGAGGCCAUGGCGGCCCGCCAGGAGUACGCCUCGCUGGUCAGCCUGACUGGCAAGGCCCUGGGUGAGCUGGAGGAGCAGCUGGUCCGGGUGAGCAAGGCCCGCCUCAGCCUCUCGUCGGAGGAGGCCGAGUCAGCCUGCAGCGACUGCCGGGCCCUCCUCAAUGAGGUGACGGGUCUGGGCAAGGCAGUGGACGACCUGAACCAGAGGAAGGAGACCUUCCGGAGCUCCGGCCAGCCCUGGAUGCCCGACGAGGUGGCGGGUCUGUCCAGCCUCCACAGCCGCCUGAGGCGGCAGGCUGAGCGGCAGCUGGCGCUGCUGGGAGACACCGCCGAGGCCUACCGGGCGCACGAGGCCUGCUCGCUCAGGCUGGAGGCCCGGCUUCGCGCCCUGGCCGAAGAGCUCGUCCGGGUCAACGAGGAAACCCUGUCAGUGGAGGAGAGGCUGAAGAACUACCACGCUCUGGCGGGGGCCGUGCAGGAGGUCAGCUCCCUCCUGAAGGGGCUGAUCGAGCAAGUGGAGCAGUUUUCACCGGAGCUGGACAGUGGGGCCCGCGAGGCAAGGAGCCAGCAGCUUCAAGCUUGGAAAGAGGAGCUUCAGUCAGCGCAAGGAACCAUCAGCGCCAGGAUAAUGGAGUGCGAGAGCAGACUGGUUCAAACGAUCGACUUCCAGACGGAAAUCCAACACACUCUGGAUUGGCUGCAGCAGGUGAAGGGAGACCUCAGUGCCGACUUGAACCUGGAUGUCAAUCUCCAGGGUGUCCAGGAGGAGAUCCGGAAAUCCCAGAUCCUCGAGGAAGAGGUGCAGUCGAGUCUUCGGAUUAUGGCGGGAUUGAGCAGUAAAGAGAAGGAGAAAUACUCCGAGUCCAGGGAGCUGAUGCCUCCAGAGGUGGAGAGCAAUCUGUUGGAACUUUCCAGACUCGAGGCUGAAGUCCAGGAAACCCUGAGCAGCAAGAAGACAUCCCUGGACAAGGCACAGACUCUAGUCCAGCAGUACCUGCGGGCAGUUCAGUCCGCCAGGGGCUGGCUAGACGAUGCCAGUGCCCUCUUGCAGCAGACCGGAGAUGGCGUGGACGUUGAGGCUUCGGAGGAGACCUUGAGAAGGCACGUUGAGUUCUUCGCCACGGAAGCAGAGCUGGCCAGCCGGCUGGGAGAGUUGGAGGCACUAAUGCCCGGCUUCCUGCCAUUGAUCAACACAGCAGGGAGAGAACAGGUGGAACAGAACCUGGCGUCACUACGACAACGGAGAGCAGACACUGAGCAACAAGCUGAGGCUCAGCAAGCCAUUCUGCAAAGGUGCGUGACCCAGUGGCAGGACUAUCAGGAGGCCAGGCAGCAGGUCAUUGCUCUGAUGAACCAAGCGGAAAAGAGGUUGUCGGAAUUCUCUUCAGCCAAAGCAGCAACUAGCCAUGAAAGUGAAGAAAAGCUGACUCAACACAAGUCCUUGCUGUCAGUGGUGAACUCCUUCCAUGAGAAAAUCACUGCCCUGGAGGAACAGGCUUCCCAUCUCGAGAGCCUGGGCAACGAUGCCAGCAAGGCCACCAUCAGCCGAUCCAUGACCACGGUGUGGCAGCGCUGGACUCGACUCCGCACUGUCGCCCGCGAGCAGGAGAAGAUGCUGGAAGAGGCUGUGAGAGGCUGGAAAAACCUCACCGACAAGAUCGAGACCACGACUGUGGUGGUGGACCAGUUGCAGGAUCGACUCCCCGACAGCUCGGUUGAAAAGGCGAGGAAGACCGAGCUGCUGGAGCUCCUGGAGUACCACGACGCUUUCGCCCAGGAGGUGGAACGGGAGCAGUCCACUUUGACCAUUCUUCGACAGCAAGCCUUAAACAUGCUCCGUGACGUGGCUCUGCCUUCCACCUCUGUCGAGGACCUGCCUGUAAUGCAUGAGAUCAAGGCCAUGCAGGACAGAUACGACAACGUGCGGCAGAAGAUAAGGAAGAGUAAGAAGAUGGUCCAGCAGGAGUUAAAGGAGCGGGAAGAGGUGGAGAGUGAGUUAAAUGCUGUCAAACAGUGGCUCCAUGAGACAAGAGAGUAUCUGCUGAACCCUACUUCGGAUGCGGUUACGGAGCUUCGAGAGCUGAAGGAACUUCACACCGAGGUAGCUGCUCGACAUCAGACUGUGGCCCAACUGGGAGAUCGACAACGCGAUAAAUACCUGGAACUUUACACUAUUCUGCCAUCCGAGCUCUCGGAACAAUUGGCUGAGGUUACCCUGGCCCUUGGAGCCAUUGAGGAACAGGUGAAUCUGAAAGAAGGAGAAGCUCAGCAAAUGCAGGCAGUGACCCUGGACUUUAACCGCAGGAUGCAGCAGAUCUCUGAUGAAUUGAAUGACAUCUCUAAAAAGCUGAAGGAGAAAGGAACUGAUAUCGUACAAGCCAAGAUUGAGCACAAGAGACUAUGGGACAAGGUGGACAGCUGCAAUGUGAAACUUGUGGAACUGGACGCAACAAUACAGGAUUUCACAGAGCAGAACCCUCAUCAGAGCAAGUGUCUGACCGAUGACAUGAUCAAGCUAUCGAGCCUGUAUCAGCAGGUCUUUAAGGAGACCGAGUACAGAGCCUCCAAACUUAACAAGGCUGCUUCACAGUUGGAGGAAUUCCAUGAGAUGCUUGAGUUUGUGCUGAAGUGGUUGGAGAAAGCCAAGGAUCUCGGGUACAGUGCGAUCAGUUGGCAUUCUGCAGCUCAGCUCAAUGACCAACUGAUCACCUACCAGGCCACCCUACGUGAAUCUGAGGAAAUCCAGAGUGAUCUGCAGGCCAUGGGUGAGAAGUUAGACAGUGUCAGUGAUGUGUUUCAGACGGAUGCAAUGUCUCAGCGCGUGGCCAACCUCCACCAGCAGACAGACGAGCUCCAACAACUCAUGCGAACCCGCCUUCAGAGCCUGCAAGAUGCAGCUAAGGAUAUGGAGCAGUUUGAGACUGAGGUGAAGAGCCUGCAGGUGAUGGUGAAACAAGCCCAAGUCACUUUGACCUCCCCUGAGCUUGCACGCCUGUGCCUGAAGGAGCAACUCUUUCAAAGACAGAGGUUGCUGGCCGACAUGGAGAGCUUCAAGCACAAGGUGCAAGUGGUGCACCGAUAUCAGGCUGCCCUGCGCAUUCCCGAAGAAAUUGUCACCAACCUGCCCAUCUGCCUGACAGCACUGAGGCUCCAGGAGCAGGCGAGUCGGCUACAGCACACUGCCAUCCAGCAGUGUAACAUCCUGCAGGAAGCCGUGAUCCAGUAUGAACAGUGCGAACAGGAAAUGCGGCAUCUCCAGCAGCUGAUUGAUCGAGCCCAUCGUGAGAUCCAGGAGAAACCUGUAUCUACCAGUAACAUCCAGCAGCUGCAGGCCCAGAUCUCCCGACACGAGGCGUUCGCCCAGAAGAUUAAAGACUACCAGGAGCAGAUUGCUGCCCUGAAUACCAAGUGUAAGAUGUUGACCAUGAAGGCGAAGCAUGCCACAAUGCUGCUGACUGUCACUGAGGUGGAGGGGCUCUCCGAAGGGAUGGAGGAGCUGGAUGGAGAAUCCAUGGCCGCUCACUCAGCGCACCCGUCUGUGGUUAUGGAUAGUGCUUACUACGGGACAUUAGGUGCGGACGAAUUGCAGACUGCAGCUCCCGAUUCUCAGGAUGCGAGCACCGCAGCAUCACUGCAGGAACCAUUAGAAACCACACUGGGAGAGUCAGCCUCCUCUAAACUCGAUGACCUGCAGCGUUCCUGGGAAACUCUAAAGAAUGUGAUCAGUGAAAAGCAGCGGACUCUCUAUGAGGCCCUUGAGCGACAGCAGAAAUAUCAGGAUUCCGUGCAGUCUGUCUCUGCCAAGAUGGAGUCGAUCGAAGGGAAGCUGGGGGAGGCGCUCGAUGCUAGCCAGAGCCAUGAUGUCCAGGUGGCUGCUCACCAGGCGCUGAUGGAAGAGAUUGUGACACUCCAGGAUGAGAUCAAUGAACUGCAGAUCUGUUUUGCCGAAGAGCUAGUGUCUGACACUAUGGACACAGAUACAUCUGACCAGCUGGCUAUGCAGUCCACGCUAACCGUGCUUGCAGAGCGCAUGGCCACCAUCAAGAUGAAAGCGUUGGGAAAGAAGCAACUUCUUGAGGAGAGGCUGAAUGAACAAGAAGAGCAACAGCGUCAGGAGCAAGCUCUCCAAGUGUAUCGCAGUGAGGCUGAUGAACUGGACAAUUGGCUUCUAAUUACAAAGGCCAUACUGGAUGCAACACUGCAGGUUCCCAAGGAGCAGAUGGACAUGGAUGAACAGCUCAAUGAUUGUCAGAACAUGUUGGUGGAGAUCGAGCAGAAAGUGGCGUCCGUUUCAGAGCUCUCCAUGAACAGUGAGAACCUCCUUCUGGAAGGGAAGCCGCAGACCAGGGAGCAAGCAGAGCACCUGAUCGAGAAGCUCCGCAAUCUGAAGGGAAGCUUGGUGGAGCUGCAGAAAAUGUUGCAGGACAGAAGAAUCAGUAUCAAACAUGGUGUGGUGCAGGAGAAGGAGGACACAGAAAUCGAUUUCACCUUCCGCCCCAGCCCCAGUGUCCAGGAGUGGCUGGCCCAAGCUCGAGCCAGUAGGUACCAGCACCAACAGAACAGCCUGCAGAGACAGAAGGAGUUGGAGCAGCAGCUGGCAGAGCAGAAGAACCUGCUACGGUCAGUGGCCAGCAGUGGGGAGAAGAUCAUGACCCAACAGAGCAACGUGGAGGCAGGCAGUGAGGAGCAGAGAGCACAGGCCACUGAGACAGCCCAGCCUGAAACCUUACCCCUGGAGCUUGGCUUCGAGGGAGAGAAGCAGUACGGCCUUCAGCAACUGGGAGUCAAGUGGCAGAAUCUGCUGAAGGAGCUCCACAGCAAGCAGAAGCUGUUCCAAGCUGCGUUGGAGCAAAACCAGGAGCAAAAGCAGGUCUAUGGUGUGUCCAGUACAGUGUCGAGUGGUAUGGUUUUAUUCAAAGGGGAGGCUCAGACGUUGGACAAGUCUGUGCAGACAGCAAAAUCCCUCCUGACUGGCCUGGGUCAGGCCUUUGGAGAGGUUACACCUCAGGGUAAAGAUGCCGAGGAGCAAAGCCUCCCGCUGGAGCAGAAGUUGUACGACGCGGUUUCAGUUACCUGUCGUUGCUUGGAUGGAAUUGAAGACCACUUGCUGGUCAGCGCAAGUUUCCUCCCAGAAAAGGCUGAGACACACUUGUAUCAUGAAGAGGCUCUCGGGAAAGAUAUUGAGGAAGUGUUUGAAGAAGUCAACGGGAAGAAGGAUGCCUUUUUCCAUAUACUGCCCGAGCCGGUGAACCAGGAUGUCAUCGAGGAAACCCUGAGCUGCCUCUGUGAAAGACUUGGUGUGCUGGGGUUAACGGUGAAGGAGCGCUGUGAGAAGAUCAAAGACCAGUUGCAGCAGCUGGUGGAGUACCAGACUGAGUUGAAGCUGCUGAUCACCUCCCUGGCUGAUAGCAAAUAUGUCGUCCUGCAAAAGUUAGCUGAGGCUUUGGAGCAUACAGUCACAGAGCAACUGCAGGCCAUUUUGCAAGCGGAAGAUGACCUGAGGGAAUUUGAGGCACGGAUUGGUCAUUUGAAAGAGCAAGGAGAGAAGCUGCAGCCAGAUCAGGCGAUACUGCUGGACCUCUCCAAAGUGCAGGAUAUGUACGAAGAGCUGACGAUGAUCAUUGGAUCCAGCCGCAGCUCCUUAAACCAGAGCCUGGCCCUGAGGGGACAGUAUGAACAAGCUCUGCAGGAUCUGACUGAUCUGACAGACACAGGCCAAGAGAAGAUGUCACUGGACAAGAGGAUCCUGGUCACGUCUAAGGAAGACGUCAAGAAUCUUCUGAAUAAACACAAGGAAUUUUUCCAAGGACUGGAGUCUCACAAAAUCCUUACAGAAACACUCUGUAAAAAAGUAAACUCCUGUAUCCAUCAGAAAGAAAGCAUCUCCCAGCAGGAACUGAUGAGCAAGUGCUCGGCUUUACUGAAGGCAGCUCAUGGGAGAGGUGUGGAAUUGGAAAGCAUUUUUGAGACCUGGACUAACCUGGCGAGGGAUUACGAGGCUCUGUACAGACAGCUGGAAGCGGUGGAGAACAGCAUUCCCGGUGCUGGUCUGGUGGAGGAAUCCGAAGAACGGCUCACGGAACGGAUCACGCUUUAUCAGAGGUUAAAGGCCAGCUUGACUGAACAUCAGCCGCGAUUGUACCAAGUGCUGGAAGAUGGGAAGAAGCUCCUGUUGUCUGUCAGUUGUGCAGAACUGGAGGCUCAGAUAGCGCAGCUCGGGGAGCACUGGCUGUCCAAUACCACCAGGGUGAGCAGGGAGUUACAUCGCCUCGAAACCGUCCUGAAACACUGGAACAGGUACCAGGUUGAGUACACUGAGCUGAAUCAAUGGCUCCAGUCUGCAGUGGAGCGCCUGGAGUUUUGGAAGCUGCAAUCAAUGACCCUUCCACAGGAGCUCGACACCGUCAGGGACCACCUUAGCUCGCUUCUGGAAUUUUCCAAGGAGGUCGACACCAAGUCCUCCCUCAAAUCCUCGGUGCUGAGUCGGGGAAAUCAGCUCCUGCGGCUCAAGAAGGUGGACACAGCUGCCUUGCGAUCUGGGCUGGCCCAGACGGACGGACAGUGGAUAGAGCUCCUCACUCAAAUCCCCCUGGUCCAAGAGAGGCUGCACCAGCUUCAGAUGGAGAAAUUGCCUUCACGCACAGCCAUCAACGAGCUCAUGAACUGGAUUUCAUUCAUGGAACAAACCCUUGAAGAGGAUGAUGAGAGAAUUCGAAGUGCUGUGGGUUCACAGAUGGUAGAACAAUAUCUCAAGAAGUACAAGGCUUUCAAGAUUGACCUGGCAUGUAAGCAGUUGACGGUGGACUUUGUGAACCAGUCAGUACUGCAGAUCAGUAGCCAUGACGUGGAGAGUAAGCGCAGUGACAAAACUGAUUUCGCUGAGCGCCUUGGAAUAAUGAACAGGAGGUGGCAACUGCUGCAAGGACACAUUACUGAGCAGAUUGGGUCGUUAGAAACCUCACUAGAAUCGUGGACGGAGUAUGAGAAUAGUGUCCAAUGCCUGAAAGAUUGGUUUGGAUCUCAGGAGGACAAACUGAAGAAGUGGCACUCAAUCAGUGACCUUGCCUCUAUCCAUUCUGCACUGAAGGAUUGCCAGGAACUGGAAGAUAUUAUCCGAGUGAAAGAGAAGGAAGUGGAGAAAGUUGAAAAAUGUGGCCUGGUGCUGAUACAGAACAAGAAAGAGGAGGCUUCCAGCAACGUUAUGGAAACACUCCGAGAACUUAAUCAUUUCUGGGCUCAUCUGGACCACUUGGUUGGCCAGUUGAAGAUCACUCUCCAGUCAUUGCUGGACCAAUGGAAUAUUUACAAGGCAGCCUAUGAGGAGAUUAAUGGCCAUCUGAUGGAUGCCCGCUACUCCCUUUCGCGUUUCCGCUUGCUGACUGGCUCUCUGGAAGCUGUGAAAAUCCAGGUAGACAACCUCCAGAACCUCCAAGAGGAACUGGAUAAGUCGGAAGGCAGCCUGCAGAAGUUUGACUCUGUGUCUAAUCAACUCCUGAAGGAGUGCCACCCACCAGACAACAGCUUGUUAACAACUAAUCUCAAUGAGGUUAAUACAAGCUGGAAUAAUCUACUUCAAGAUAUCGCGGAGCAACUUCACUCCAGCAAGAUUCUCCUUCAGCUCUGGCAGAAGUACAGGGAUUACUCGGGCCAGUGCUCAGUUACAGUGCGACAACAGGAGGACAAAAGCAACGAGUUGAUUAAGAAAGCUGCAAACAGAGAUAUCGCUGAGGAGGAGGUUACAAAUUGGAUUCAGGACUGUGAUGCCCUGUUGGAAGAGUUGGCCAAACUGCGGGACUCUCUUCAUGUCCUGUCUGACCUGGGGGAAGAGAUGAGGCAGCAGGUGGACUCUUCAGCAGCGGCCGCUAUUCAGUCUGACCAACUGUCCCUCAGCCAGCGAUUGUCCACUCUGGAACACGCUCUCAGUAGGCAGCGCUGUGUGCUACAGGCUGGUGUUCGUGAUUACGAGACGUUCAGCAAGAGACUGGAAGCUCUGGAGGAGUGGAUUGUGGAGGCUGACGAGGUGCUCAAAUCACAGGACCCCAACCGAUCGUCUGACCUGACUAUAAUCCAGGACAGAAUGGAGGAGCUGAAAGUCCAAAUGCUAAGGUUUAGCAGUACAGUCCCUGACUUGGAUCGCCUGAAUGAAUUGGGAUACAGGUUACCCCUGAACGAUAAGGAGAUCAAACGCAUGCAAACAUUGAACAGACACUGGUCCUCAAUUUCUGCUCAGACCACAGAGCGGUUUAGUAAACUGCAGGCAUUCCUGCUUCAGCACCAGACGUUCCUGGAGAAAUGUGAGACCUGGAUGGAGUUCUUGGUCCAAACCGAGCAAACCCUGGCAGUGGAGAUUUCCGGAAACUACCAAAACCUCCUGGAGCAGCAGAGGGCCCAUGAGUUGUUCCAGACGGAAAUGUUCAGCCGACAGCAGAUCCUGCACUCCAUCAUCAGCGACGGACAGCGCCUCCUGGAGCAAGGCCAGGUUGAUGACAGGGACGAGUUUAACUCCAAGUUGGCGAUGCUGAGUAACCAGUGGCAGGGGGUGAUCCGGCGGGCACAGCAGCGGAGAGGGAUUAUUGACAGUCAGGUCCGGCAGUGGCAGCGUUACCGGGAGCUGGCGGAGAAGCUGAGGAAGUGGCUGUCGGAUGUCUCCCAGCAGCUGGAGCAGAGGUGGGGCAGCGCAGCUCCCAUUGCCCUGCAGCAGGCCAGGAACCUGCUGGAUGAGGUGCAGCUGAAGGAGAAGGUGCUGCAGCGUCAGCAGGGGAGUUACAUCCUGACGGUGGAGGCCGGGAAACAGCUCCUGCUGUCUGCUGACACAGAGGCUGAGGCUACGCUGCAGGCUGAACUCACUGACAUACAAGAGCAAUGGCGGGCUGCCAAUAUCCACCUGGAGGAACAGAGAAAGCAGCUGAACCUCCUGCUGAAGGACUGGGAGCGGUGUGAGAAAGGAAUCGCGGAUUCUCUGGCCAAGCUGAGAUCUUUCAAGAGAAAGCUAUCGCAACCCCUCCCUGAUCAUCACGAUGAGCUACACACAGAGCAGAUCCGUUGCUUGGAACUGGAAAGCUCUUUUAGCGGGUGGACUGAUGACCUGGCCCACCUCUCAUUUCUGAAAGAGACCUUAUCCAGCUACAUUCGUGCCGAUGAUAUCUCACUGCUCCAGGAGCGAAUCGAGCUGCUGCACAGGCAGUGGGAUGAGCUGUGCCAUCAGGUCUCAUUACGCAGACAGCUGGUCACCGAGAAAUUGAACGAGUGGGUGCUAUUCAACGAGAAGAACAAGGAGCUGUGUGAAUGGCUGACCCUGAUGGAAAGCAAGGUGUCACAGAAUGGCGACAUCAGCAUCGAGGAGAUGAUCGAGAAACUGAAGAAGGACUAUCAGGAGGAGAUUACAGCAGCACGCGAGAACAAAAUGCAGCUGCAGCAAAUGGGCCAGAGGCUGAUCCGAGCCAGUCACGAGAAUAAAGCUUCCGAGAUCGAAUACAAACUGGGCAAGGUCGAUGAUCGCUGGCAACAUCUGCUGGACCUGAUUGGGGCCAGAGUGAAGAAGCUGAAGGAGACGCUGGUUGCUGUCCAGCAACUGGACAAGAACAUGAGCAGCCUGCGAUCAUGGCUUGCCCAGAUUGAAACGGAGCUCUCCAAACCCAUCGUCUAUGACUCCUGCGAUUCCCAGGAAAUACAGCAUAAGCUCGCAGAGCAACAGGAGUUGCAGCGAGACAUUGAGAAGCACAGUACGGGUGUGGCCUCUGUCCUGAACCUGUGCGAGGUGCUGCUGCACGAUUGCGAUGCCUGUGCCACGGAAACGGAGUGCGACUCGAUCCAGCAGGCCACCCGGAACCUGGACCGCAGGUGGAGGAAUAUCUGCGCCAUGUCCAUGGAGAGGAGACUCAAGAUUGAGGAGACCUGGCGGUUGUGGCAGAAGUUUCUGGACGAUUAUUCUCGCUUUGAAGACUGGCUUGAAACCUCAGAACGGACAGCAGCAAUGCCUAAUUCCUCAGGAGUGUUAUACACAGUCGCCAAAGAGGAGCUGAAGAAAUUCGAGGCGUUUCAGCGUCAGGUCCAUGAGAGCCUCACCCAGCUAGAGCUGAUUAACAAGCAGUAUCGGCGCUUGGCUCGUGAAAACCGUACGGAUUCCGGCAGUAGACUCAAAGACAUGGUCCACGAGGGGAACCAGCGCUGGGACAAUCUGCAAAGAAGAGUCACUGCUAUCCUCAGGAGACUGAAACACUUUAUUGGUCAACGAGAGGAGUUUGAAACGACGCGUGAGAGUAUCUUGGUCUGGUUGACGGAGAUGGACCUGCAGCUGACCAACAUUGAGCACUUCUCUGAAUGUGACGUUCAGGCCAAAAUCAAACAAUUGAAGGCCUUCCAGCAGGAGAUAGCUCUCAACACGAGCCGCAUUGACCAGCUCUUUGUUGAUGGAGAGCAGCUGAUUGAGAAGAGUGAGCCUAUGGACGCUGCAAUCAUCGAGGAAGAACUGGAGGAACUUCGUCGGUACUACCAGGAGGUCUUCGGCCGAGUUGACCGCUACUACAAGAAGUUGAUGCAGCUUCCGCUGACCGAUGAUGAACAUGAGGUGUCUGACCGGGAAGCAGAAAUAGAUGAAAACAGUGAAUUCUCCAGCAUGCAGUGGCUGGACAGAGCUGCAGACAAUGUGGGGACCCCUCAGCUGUCCCUGAGCCGGGGCACUGGUCUCCCACAGCCCAGGGACACGCGGUCAGGGCGUGAUACCCCGGCCAGCGUUGACUCCAUCCCCCUGGAGUGGGACCACGAUUACGACCUGAGUCGGAACUUGGAGAGCGCAGUGUCUCGUGCCCUGGAGGGUGCUGAGGAUGGCACUGGGGAUGAAGACAGCGAUUUCUACCUCAAAGGAGCAGCUGAAAUCACAGAUGUAGUCAUCCCCGAAAGCCCUGAGGCCUAUCUAAAACUGACAGAAAGUGCUUUGAGAUCCACUGGAGAGCCCGGCCACUUGGAGAAGCAAAUCCGCCAGCUAGACAAAGCUCUGGACAGCAGCCGCUACCACCUGCAGCAGACCGAAAACGCCAUCCGCAGCAAGACGCCCACAGGCCCUGAGUUGGACUCCAGCUACUGGGGCUAUAUGAAGCUGCUGUCGGAAUGCCGUGGUAGCAUUGAAACUGUGAAAAGGGUGGGGCAUAAACUCAAAGAGGAGGAAGACAAGCUCUCCGGCUUAAUUAACCUGACGAGCACAGAGUCACAGACUUCAGGUGUGAUUGAACGCUGGGAGCUGAUCCAAGCCCAGGCUCUUAACAAGGAGCUGAGAAUGAAACAGAACCUUCAGCAGUGGCAGCAGUUCAACUCUGACCUGGACAGCAUCUGGCAGUGGCUGAGUGAGACUGAGGAAGAGCUGGAGCACCUCAGCAAAUUGGACAUCAGCACAGACAUCCAGACCAUCGAGCUGCGCAUUAAAAAGCUCAAAGAGUUACAAAAGGCCGUUGACAACCGCAAAGCCAUCAUCUUGUCCAUAAACCUAUGCAGCACUGAGUUCACCCAGUCAGACACGAGCGACGUGCUGGAACUCCGUGAGCGCUUGAGUCAGAUGAACAAACGGUGGGACCAGGUUGGCAGCAUGCUGGAGGCUUGGCGUCACACCCUUCAGGAUGCCCUCAUGCAGUGCCACGAUUUCCACGAGAUGAGCCAUGGCCUACUGCUCUGGCUGGAGAACAUAGACAGAAGGAGGAAUGAAAUUCUCCCCCUUGACCCCAAUCUGGACUCUGACACGCUGCAGGACCAUCACAAGACGUUGCUGCAAAUCCGACGGGAGCUACUGGAGUCGCAGCUGAAAGUCGCCUCACUGCAGGAUAUGUCCAGCCAGCUGUUGGUCAAUGCAGAGGGCAGCGACUGUCUUGAAGCAAAGGAGAAGGUUCAUGUCAUUGGCAAUCGCCUCAAGCUCCUCUUGAAAGAGGUCACGCAAGACCUGAAGGAGCUGGAGAGAAUCUUGGACAACUGCAGCAGUCAAGCGGACCUGGCGUCAUGGUCUUCAGCUGAUGACUUGGAUUCCUCAGGCUCCCUCAGCCCUGUGUCUGGCGGAAGCCUGGCUGUUCGACCCAGACCGCCACGGGGCAUAUGUAGCCUCACCCAGCCUGGAGCCUCUGUCAGCAGCCCACACAGCAGGCUCCACAAAGAAAGCCAAAGAGAUUCUUCCCAUUCUAAGGAGUUGGAAGCCCGGAAGAAGCCGUCCUUUCUCCUGCGAGUGCUCCGAGCAGCGUUACCUCUGCAGUUGUUGUUGCUGCUGCUGAUCGCUCUGGCCUGUCUUGUGCCAAUGACUGAGGAAGACUAUAGCUGUGCCUCAUCCAACAACUUUGCCCGAUCCUUCCACCCCAUGCUGAGGUACACCAAUGGGCCCCCUCCAAUAUGACCAAUGGGAGAGAGAGAGUUGAGAAAUGGAAUCGUCACCAGACACAGUUUCUCAUGGAAAGGGGGAAAGCAAGCCUGGCUCCUUUAGAGCCACUCCAUUGGCUACUCUGUACGAUGUCCUUUGAACCAACUCGGGUCAAACUGAAGCCCCAGGAUGGGCAUGAAAGUAACCAGUCCGCGCUCCCAGGUCCACGAUUCAAAGAGAAACAUGUAACAUACCAGUUUAAAUAACUUUUUAAUGAGCAUUUAUUUUCUACAGUGUUUGCUUUAGGCAUGGGCUUGUAUAGUUUGAGCUUUCAAAAUUAACUCUCUGAAUAUGUGAACGUUGUAAAUCUAGAAGGGAGUCUGAGCCGGAUAGUAUUGAGAUGUAAGUAAACUUUCAGGCGAUGUCAAUGAGACAAUUAUUGGAUGUAAACUAAAAUUGAACAGAUUAUAUGUGUACAGAUUGUUAAAGCUAUUUUAUGGUUGAAUAUAACCCUUUGCAUUAGUACCCACGCUGAUCAUUUUUACCUUGUGAGCUGCUUUUCAGAAAUACUUCCCUUUCUCGAUUUUACUUGGUGGAGGGAGGCACGAAUGUGUACAUAAUAUAUAAAUAUAACUCCUCCCGCAACCUCUUGCUUUGUUGGGACACAUGUUUGAAGCAAUUCCAAAGGGAAUCCAGUGAUGAAAUUCAAAACAAGGGAAGCCUCUUGAACAGUGUCACUUCUGUUGACCACUGUGAUCGUCUAAUUGUGGCAUGUUCCGAUCAUGGUCAAACUGCAGCGCGUUUUUCUAUUCAGAAGCAGCCUCGUGUGUCUACAAGUAAGAAUAUGGAAAGCUGGUUCUUUUUGGCGUACAGCAGAAAGCCGGGUCUCCCAUUAAAGGACCUACUUCUUUCA